UUGAUAAACGCAAAACGAUCCCGAAUGUAUUGCCUGGUAACACGUGACGCCGGAAAGUUAUUUUCCCGUCGUACUUCAAAACCAGUUGAAUUUAUUUGAUUUUCAUGCCUGAAACGGACCAAGUGUGUAAAUAUCGGCAUAUUGCAGCAAAGGAAAGGGGACCUGGACCUGGCCGGUAUGCACUUCCGCCGACAUUGGGUUUUUCUAGCCAUGAUGCAACGAAGAAAAUGGAACCAGCCUACUCAUUUGGCAGACGACUUAUUCAUAAAGCCAUAAAGGAUAGCCCCGGUCCGGCUUAUUUCAUCAAUCCAAGGAUAACUCGACAUGGAAAAGACGGUACACCCAGCUACUCUCUGCUUUCCAGACAAUCAGAUCUACAAACGUUUAAGACCCCGUCUGCCAGAGCCUAUUACCCGGAGAAAGUGCAUCCUCAAGGUGAAAAGAUAGCGCCAAAAUAUUCUAUAGGGUUCAGAACCAGAUUCCGGAAGUUAGACCAAAAUCCACCAUCGAGCAAAUAUAUCUUGCCCACAGUGCUGGGACCAGCACAGCCGAACAAAUUGUCUGCACCGUCUUACUCUAUGACAGGACGGUCGAAAAUAGGAUGUUACCUAGAAGAUCUUGCCAAUGCGCCGGGACCAGGACACACCACGAAAGUGGAAACCGAUGUUUACAUGUCGAAAGUCCCGCACUACUCCCUUAGAUCUCGAACCUUCAUGCCACAUGACGGCGUGAAAAAACCAGGCCCCGGAGCCCAUUUUCCCGAAAAUGUGAAAAUAAACAAACCAAAUGCGCCAAGUUAUUCUCUCGGCGUCCGGCAUGCGGAAUAUGUUUGUCCUCUAAUAACAUAAGUUACUUUUAAAUAAAAAAAAUAUGCGUUAAAUAAAAUGAUUAGGUAAACAA